AUGGAAAGGCUAGUUAUGGUGAAGCAUUUUGGGUUUGUGGUACUAGUGCCUACAAAUGGCUUCCUCAUGGUUGGCAUGGAUGAUGGACGUGUCUGGCUUUCCCAUGAGCUCUCGGAGGGUGAGAAGGAAGCCACUGGGAACAGAAAGGCAAAAGUCCUGGAGUGCCUCAAGAGCCUUAACAUUGCCUGUGCUGAGGAUAACAUGCCCAAUAUUGCUGUCCUGGGAUCAGGUGGAGGUCUGCGGGCCAUGAUAGCCCUUCAGGGAACCUUAGUGGAGCUGAAGAAGCAGGGCCUGUUGGACGCUGUCAUGUACCUGUGUGGGGUAUCGGGUUCCACCUGGUGCAUGUCCACCCUCUACCAAGAGAAGGACUGGACAGAGAAAGUGCAGGACUUGGAAGAACGCCUGUGCAAUACACUUUCCAAACUUCCACAUGAUAUUCAAGAAGAGUUUACUAUUGCGACACAGGCGGUUGAAGAUGAACUCUUCUCUCUGACUGAUGUCUGGGCCUCUUUCUUUGUCUAUAAAAUGUUGAAGCAGUAUGAUGAGACCAAGUUAUCUGAACAUGAGGACACCUCCACAAGUGGGACAAAUCCUUACCCCAUCUAUGCUGCAAUAGAAGCGAACAAAUUGGGCGAAGGUGACAAUAGCACAGGGACCUGGUUUGAAUACCCCCACGAAUCUGGCUUUCCCAGCCUGGGGGCAUUUGUGUGUACCAAAGACUUGGGAAGCAAAUUCAAGGAUGGGAAUCUGAAUGAAAAGAGGGAAGAGAAAAGUAUCUGCUACCUGCAAGGUUUAUGGGGAAGUGCCCUUGGAAGCAUGGCUGCAAACAAGAAAUAUUUAAUAGACCUUAUUAAGGAAAAAUUCAAAAGACUGAGAGGAGAAUACUUCAAACACUUCCAGGGCUCACAGGACAAACAGCUGCCUGCUAGACACAUUAUGUUCUCUUUCCUCCCAGGUACUGCUUGCACUUGUGUACAUUGUAGGGGUGUCCACCACCUCCUGGAGCUUCACGUUCAUGCUACGACUGGGGAAGACUGCGAGGGGGUCUUUGGGCAGCUGAAGGAAGUGCUGGAAGGUGAGAAGAGUAAGAAUUCCUACAAGAAGUGCUGUGAAGUGCAUGAAACCUGGGGUUCGAUGACCUGGGAAGAAAGAAUGACAGAGUGCACUAAACUUGUCAGGAUUUUUGAAAUGGAACUUGGAGGAAUUGUAUCGAGCGCAUGUAAAUUGUUAUGGAAAACUGUGAUCUGUUUCUGCCACUGGAUGUGGAGGAGAACCAACAACUUUCUGUACAAAUGUGAAACCCAAUCCACUGGCUUGACCAACCACAAAUUCAUCCACUUGAUCGAUGCCGGCAUUGCCAUAAAUUCCGCCUACCCCCUCGUUCUGCACCCAAAGAAGAAAGUGAAACUGAUCCUCUCCUUCGACUUCAGUGACGGGGAUCCUUCCGAGACCAUCAAGAAAACUGCCGAGUACUGUGAGGCAAAUUACAUCCCAUUUCCCAAGACAGACCCAGAAAAGCUGAAGGACACAGAUACCCCCUCCAGUUGCUACAUCUUCAAAGGAAAAGAUGUUCCCACUGUCAUGCACUUCCCGCUCUUCAACAAGGAAAAUUUUCCAG